AUGAUAGUCGUGAAAAAAAUGAUCCAUGUUGAUUCUGAUGAUUUGUUCAAGGAAAAUGCCGAAUCAAUGAACUACACAGGAAAGCAGGUUCAAAAUGUGUCUUACUGGCAUAUCCAGAACUACGACCUAACGAACAGCUAUAUGGUUGCACAAAUGUGGAUCGAUACAAAUGCAAAAAUCGGAUCCACCUUCCAAGUUACUGUCUCUGAAGAUGGCUUUUCCGCGGAAUUCUUGGAGCAUUUUAACGAGCGUAUUGUGUAA